AUGAUCUGUGUGACUAAAAUCGAUGGUGCAACUUCUGGGACGCCACAAACUCUUGGAUAUUACCGCGAUCCGAAGACAACUGAAUAUCCGAUUAGUUUGGGCAAGGGAAAUGAAUACUACAACCAACCAAUACCAUGCGUAUUUGAACAAUUUAACUGCAUGAAAUAUCUUAUGCCUCAGCGUAAUUCAGAAGAGUUUGACUUUUGCACCAAUCGUGGAAUAUUGGUUAAAAUGAUGACAUCAUUUGAUUUUGACUUCAUGGCUAUCAAAUUUAGAGGCUGUAUUUAUCUAAAGAUUAAAUCUGCUGAGGAGUCUGUUCACAAACGUGAGGUUCUUCAGAGGAAGCUGAAACAGUAUUUAAUAGUUAAUACUCCGUGUGGCAUUCCAGACACGAACAAGUCCCUCGAUUUUAACAAGCAAAACUAUGGAACUUUUAGCGCCAAGUUGGGUAAAUUUCGACUGUUAUAUACUGCGGACGUAAUCGGUGUAGAAAAUAGCGACCCAUUAGGAGAUUUAAAUGAUCCUGAUGUACUGCAACAGUGUAAAUUGACUUUGGUAAAACUUUAUCCAAGUUACUGUCAAAAUUGGAUGAACAAUUACCGUAUGAAACGUUGGUUACUUCAGGCCCAUUUAGUGGGAAUAGACCAAAUAAAGCUGGCUGCCUAUACAAGUAAUGGGGAAAUUCCUUUACCUAUUACUACCGAGAGCUGCGGCAAGUUAAUCAAUGAACAGGAGUGGUGCCUCUUCAAUCACAUGACUCUUCUCCAUCAUUUUCUCAGUGAGAUUAAAGAGGUUAUGAGCGAUGUUGACUGCCCUUAUACGACCUACGUUUUCGAGUUAAAGAACAAAUCGGUAUUCUACGAGUGUUUUGAGGGGAAAAACAAAGAGAGUUUUCUUGAUCAAGAAUAUAUUGAUUUUGUAUUGGGAUCGUAGAGACGGUUAAUUUAAUGACUUGAAAAUUUAAUUUUACCAACAA